AUUUACUCUUCGCACACAUACGUUGUUAUACCGCAAGGGAUCUCAUUUAAUUGGACUUGGUCUGCCGCUCGGGAAGUACACACCUGCACCUUACCACGGAAAUUGCUGUUACAGCUAAAGCAGAACAAAAGUCAGUAGGAUUGAUAUUGGAAGCAGCCGUAUGCUGCAAGAAAUGUGGAAACGCGUGCGAUUCCUGCUUUUGGUAGCAGCUUUAAUCAUCAACAUUCAGAUUGCACAAACACAGCUUAAACUUGGUAUUGCUAUUAAUAUUUUCGAACGCUACGGUUAUUUAAGUACAAGUAUGAGAGUUGUACCAAGAAAUGAUUCAGCUCCAUGGAUUUUUCGUGAACCAUCUAUAGAUAUUGUUCAUGAUAUAAAACCAGAAUCACCACUUGAAGAAAAUAAAUCAGCAGUAUUCGAUGGUGAUUUUCAUAUGGAAUUUUGUGAUAAUUUGAGACAAUUGCUACAAGCUUACUUUCGUGAUUUUGCAUUUGAAAGAUUUGACAGACCUUGGAGAGCUUUUACAGGAGGCUGGUCAAGUGGAACAAUUGCCAGGCACCUUGGUAUCAAUAAGUCUUUUGUAACUGGGCAAUAUUGUUAUGUCCUUAUUAGGGUCUCUCGAUUUCGAGAAAAUCAAAAAAUGCCUGAAACAUCAGACACUUCCAUUUUUGAUAAUCUUAUUAUCAAUGAAGCGGAUAAUGUGACAAUUGGUGAUGAAGCUAGUGUGGUGCAAUUCAUCAAACGAUUUGGAUCACAUUACGUAGCUUCCUUUAUCACUGGAAACUCACUAUACCAGGUGUUCGUUUACACACCUGCGGUAUAUCAACGUAUCAAAAAUCGUCUUAAAAGUCGUGGAGUUGCUGAUUUAUCAGGUCUUGAACUAAGUAAUUAUUUCUCACCCUGGUACUCUGAUCAUGUAGGUUUCAUUAAAUCUGCUAGUGGUAACAGUACAGCUGAGAGCUGGGCUACAAACAAUUUACGUGUUCAAUAUUAUUUUUUUACUUAUCCUUCUUUGCUCAAACUUCAUGGCGAUACUGAAUUAUUAUAUAAGCUUAAUAGCUUACUUGAAAAUGAAGCAAUACUUCAACUUCAACUUCGCACACUUGCACCUCUUUUUAUGGAUCCAUCAAGACGAGAUUGGUUUUUAGAAGUCAUUGAUAAUUAUAUUAAAUUAUGGGAAGUUAAUUUGUAAUAUAAAUCUGUGAUAAUGUUGACUGAUUUUUUGAGUCUAUACGAUGAAACAUUUUCUUGAUUAUAAUAUUCUACUUUGUUUUUAUCAUAAAAAAAUUUUUAGAGAAAAAUUAUUCAAGAAUAUUGAUUGACGUGAACAGGUAAAUAACUAGAUGUACAAGAUAUGUACGGACAUUUUAUAAUCUUAUAGUCCUUAAUCCUACAUACAUUCACUCGAACCUACGGGUUUUUCAUGAUGGCUCUACUGUAAUCAUUGUUAUUAUUACGAAUAAGUAUUUAUUAUGUAAUUAUUAGUCGCAAUAAUUUUAUAAGGAUAUUUUUAAUAUACAUUGAAAUCACUACUUUUUAUAUUAAAACUUCUUAAAGGUAUAGAUUAUAUCUUAAUAAAAUUUUCGAUAUGAAUUAUUUAAUUAUAAAAAAAUAAAAUAAAAUAUAUAAACAUAAAUGAUGUUUUAAUGAUAUCUUACAAAGAUUGGCAGUAUAUUUAGCAAUGAUUGAUUACAAAACGAAUAAAGUGAUAAAAUUUCCGUUUUAAACUAUAAAGAAAGUAAAUUAUGUCACAUAAAAUAAGUAUAAGCUUUUAUAAUGUUAAUAAAACAUCAUCAACUAGUCAUAUCUACAUGAUAGAAAAUUUGUUUAUGUUAAUAGCCUUGUAUUAUUCUUCAAGAUUUCCCGGAUACAAAUAAAUACUAUUUAAUCAAUCAGGCUUUUGAUAUUCUAAGAAUUAUGUUAACUAACAUCACAAUAAAAAUUAAUUACAAUAC